AUGUUGCGGACGUCCGGCACAAUUCGACGUGUGUGGCAGACGUGUGUCCAACAAUACCCUGCCGUCAUGACGUCAACAACGUCGUACAGCACCACAGUGACAGAAGGGAAACCGUUUGAAGAGAUGCCCGGCCCCAGGGGGAUCUACACCUGGCCGUUAAUAGGCACAGCCCUACACUUCAAACCUUUCACUGAGUACACGGCCGAGACCUCCCACAAACUUGUCGACUCACUCUUUGACAAGUACGGACCAGUGGUCAAGGUCCAGCUGGGCAGGAAGUUGGUCAUGGUGUCUGACCCCAAGGACAUUGAAACUGUCUUCAGAAACGAGGGCAAAUACCCCAACCGUCCACCAGUCGAGUUGGUUGAAGUGUAUCAGAAACGACGCGGGAUCACCAAAACUUUAACGGUGGAACAGGGAGAGAACUGGUACCGCCUACGUUCUGCCGUCAACAAACGGUUGAUGCGAGCCGACUCAGCCACUCACUACCUGCAGCAACAGAACCACGUGACCGACGACUUCAUCAAAAUCCUGGCCACCAACAGUCUGAGACCAGAGGAGUUGUCGGAGCUGUUUUAUAGAUACGCCUCUGAGAGCAUCGGCGUCGUCACGUUCAACAAGCGUCUUGGUUACCUUGACAACAGUGCUGACGAGGAGGCUAACAAGUUUCUGGAAGCUUCUAAAACCGUGUUCAGGCAGAUUCACAUGAGCAUGAGUGGGAAGUCGCUCAUGCAUAACCUGUACAGGAACAAAACUUACCGGAUCUUUGAGAGGGCUAUCGAUAUUGUUAAAGCGUGA